AUAGAUGUAUAGGUUAUAUAAAGAGAAGUGUGUAGCAGAGAAAAAGAAAGCUGUCAGUGCAUCAAAGUACAGAACAGUAUUCUGUGAGGAAUAUAAUUAUUCAUUUCAUGUACCUAAAAAAGAUCAAUGUCAAACAUGUGUCGUAUACCACCAGAAAGAGACAGAUGGUGAAUUAACAGAAACCAUCAAACAGGAUUACGAAGAGCACAUUAAAAGAAAGUUAAAAGCAAGAGCUGAGAAAUAAAACGACAAAACUAAACCCAAAGAAGAUAAAUCAUACUGUGUUGCUACUUUUGACUUGGAAGCGGUGUUGCCAGUUCCGUGUUGACUUGACAGUCAAGUCUACUAUAAGCGGAAACUAAGUUGUUUCAAUUUGUCGUUCUAUUCUUUGGCAGAUGCAAGUGUGACUUGCUAUCUGUGGAAUGAAACCGAAGGCAACAGGGGAUCGUGUGAGAUAGGAACUUGCAUACAGACUUACAUACAGUCAUUGCCAGUGACAACAAAACAUCUGUGCCUUUACUCAGAUUGUUGUUCAGGACAGAAUCGAAACAGGUUCAUUUCAUCAGCUUUGCUACAUGCCAUCAGUAAAAGUCCUAGUUUAGAAACAAUCGAUCAAAAAUAUCUAGAAACAGGACACACUCAGAUGGAGAGUGAUUCGGUGCAUGCAGCAGUAGACAAUGCUAAGAGGCGUACUUCAGUCUUUGUUCCAAGCGAAUGGGACACAAUCGUUAGAUUGGCUCGGAAGAAAAAAUCCUAUACAGUUGUGCCUAUGAAACACUAUGACUUCCAUAAUUUAAAGUGUCUAGCAAAGUCUGUAUUUCCACAAAAUAUCAUUGAUCUUGAAGGAAGAAGAAUUCAAUGGAUGAAAGUUAAGUGGCUCCAAUUUCGAAAAGCAGACAUAAGCAAUAUUUAUGUCAAGCAUGACUUUGACGAGGAAUUCCAGUGCAUAAAAAUCAAACAGUCACGAAAAGGUAUUUCUCUCAGUUCAAAGCUACCACGACUGUAUACUGAGAAACUGCCAAUAACAACUGCUAAAAAGAAAGAUUUAAUUUCUUUGUGUAGAAAUGGAACAAUACCCUCGGAGUAUCACAAAUACUACGAAGACAUACCAGAUGACAAAAAUGUGAGAGACUGCUUACCAGAUUCUGACCACUGGAAAGUGAUAGAGACUCCGACCCAGAUUAAGGAUCAGCUUGAUUGAGUUUUGUUACAAUACAUGCAUAGGUGUUGUAUUCAGUGGACAGUUGAAAUCAGUAGACAGUUAAAUUGGUACAAAAGAAACAGUAAAAUGUAUAGUGACAGAGGUUUCUUCAUAAACAAUAUUUACAGAGAGGACUAUUUGAAAGUUUUGUUUGACAAUAAAUGUUACUUGUGACAUUUUUAGUGUUUACCCAGUAUACAAUUCAGUGAAAUUCUUAUUCUUAGUACACUUAAACCAUUUUCUAUAGCAUGCACAUGUGCAAAGUGUUUUCUGCUAGUUUUCAGUAAGUGCACUUAAAACUAUAUAUACAUAGAUAAUCAGACAUAAGUUCAGGUACAUUUGUAAACAAGUGCACUUAUUGCGUUAAUUCACUAAAUGGCUCGACAGACUAGUUUCAUGCCAAUAAGAUAUAAGUACAUUUUUCUUUAAAACACCAUUUUGUAUUUAACCCUGCUUAUUCUAAAUUUUAGUGUAUUAUCUUAUGAGUAUUUGCUAGUAUAUAAUCAAUUUAUCAUAUACCUAUCUUAUUUCAAAUAAAAUAUAUUAAUACUCAAAACCUUAUUUUUGAUUUUCCCAAAAGUGUGAAAAGUGCACAUAUCACGUUCUGGCCCUUACCCCUCGAAAGGUUAUACAGUAAUUAUGAUAUUGAGCAAGUGUCCUUCAAAAUUAAUGUUGUCAUAAAAUAGUUCCUUGUACCCCACUCCUCUAAAUAAUGCAUAACCCUUUCCCCCAAAAGAAGCAAAGUGAAAAUAGCCUUUGCAACCAGCAUAAAACCAGAACAGCCUGUGAGUAACUCGCAGUCUGUUCAGGUUUUAUGCUGUUUGCUGCUCAUCUGAGUAUCUAAGGGUUGGAAUUGAAGCCGUUAAAACUUCAAUCUAGUACGAUUUUAAGGUCUUAAAUUAAAUGUAACUUUCGAAGGCACUACAAAUGCGUGGAAAUAUGUAUCUAAGUGGUUAAGCAAUAAUAUUCUAGGAGCAUUGUAGCUUAGUCACUAUGGUGGUUUCUAGCAGGACAUUGGCCCUGUUGUAAGACAGCAUGUUUUACAUUUUAGACUGUUCUACAGACUGCACGAUUUAUUAAGUUCAUAUCUGCUAAGUACACUGAUCUGUCUUAUUGAGUUCUUAAAUGUCGCCAGUUAUUUGUUGGUUGUCUAUUGAUGUCCUAUUUGAAUUGUUCACAAAACAAUAAGCUGAUCAUGUAUAGUGGAUUAAAUUGUACAAUGAUUUGAGAUUAGCAGGGAUUUUGAUUUUGAAAACUUGAAAACUGGCAGUCGCAUGACUACAUUUGUACAGUGCUUGUGUCAAAACAAUGAAAGGCAGAUUAUUUGCACAAGUCAAAAGUUAAAAAAUCAAAAUGCUUGCAUCAAAAAGAAAGGGUCUAGUUCAAUUGAAAUCCCUGCUAAGGUUUAAUUUUGUUAAUUGAAUGAUAUUACAGUUCUCAUGAUUAUUGAAAACGAUUGUUAUAGUUAUAACAGACGGUUCACUAACAGGUGAUUAUUUUCAUGUGCUAGUUACAAGACAGUCUUGGUGAAAAUAUUUAAUGUCAACAUGAUAAUUUAUUGAACCUGCUAUGGGACAAGUGGUCAAUGCAUGAUUGUAGAUAACAAUGGCAUGUUGCACAUAUACUUAAGUGUUAAAGUACAGAGUUGUUCACAGGUGAAUAUCAUUAUUAAAGUGACUCUUAAGUAUAGCAUUUAUAUUUGUUUUAUGACAUGUUAUACUAGCAAGAAGUUUUUAUUUGAUCUAUAAGUUGUCGUCAAAUGAAGUCACACUGUGUGACCUUUUUCUGCCAUUUUUUACCAUGUCAACUUUUAACCUUUUAGAACUUUAAUAGUAUUACAUAUUAAGACAAAUAGCGCUAGAUUGUAAUCUUUUAUGUUUUGACGUCACUUGUUUGUUGCAUGGUUCUGAUUAUGCAGGACAAAUUGUUCAUUUAAUAUUUUUGGUUUUACGCUGCUAUUGUAACUCAGAAGUUUAGAAGGAAUUAACAGACUGAUGAUAAAUAUUGCAAUAAUCUAUGUAAAGGCAAUUCAUAAACAGAGAGUGAAAUAAUAAACCUAUAAGCUAUUUCUUGAUCGAUGCUUGGUCAAAUCAUUGUCUUGUGAUUGGUAUCCUAUGAAGCCAUGAACGGUGACAGUCUGUGCCUAGGGGAGUGCGUGGAUCAUCGAUACAGAUUGCAUUGCAAGUAUGUGAUGCUUAUGGGCAAGUACCCAUGGAUUAAGAAGUUGGCGCCAGUGUACCUUAGAUGUGAAAGUGCGAUGAUCAGCACUAGUAGUACCAGAAUGAAGAACACAAGCGGGAAAACUCCGACCUGCAAAGUGUGCGGGGAUGAAUCAUCGGGAUACCACUAUGGUGUUGACUCGUGUGAAGGCUGUAAGGGCUUCUUCAGAAGAUGUAUAACACAGGGAAUGACUCAUAAGUGCUCAAAUGAAGAAAAGUGUGACAUUACUCCAUUUACACGGAAUUCUUGCCAGUAUUGCAGAUUAAAGAAAUGUUUUGCAGUAGGAAUGUCAAGAGAAGCGUCACGGUUAGGGCGAAGACCUAAGCGUUUGAAAGACUCAAGCGGCGAACCAAAGCGAGAUACCAAUGUGCCUAUUGCUCCAUACCCGACAUCCCCUGCAGAACUCUACAAGUUGAGAAUGGCCGAGCUACAGAAGUUACUGCAGCAGAAUGGCACGUUCAAGUCGGAACUCAUGCAGGCGUUCUUACAGGCGGCCCAGCAUAGCUUCCGCGAGCACCAGCGAAACAACAACACCAAUGAAAAUCAGAAAAACAAUAAGAAUGCACAGCAUAACGGUAAAACCAGUUCUGAGUCCGGGAACACAUCAAGUGUGACCAGCAGUCCUGGGCCGUCGGGGUCGCCGGGCGAUCCGACAAGCGUCAUGAAUAGGAACCGACAGAGUAUAGACACUAAAGUAGGAAUAAUUGAGGACACUCUGGACAAUUUCAGACUUGACUCGGACAGUUCAGACACCAAAGACAAUUUCAAAACCGAUAACCUGACAUUAACGCCAGCGACAACAAUUGACUACGGUCUGUUCUCGCCAACCGAGCUUCUAAAGAAUGUGACGGAGAUAAAACAGGAAGUACCGGAACUGGACAACAGCCAGUAUUCGAUGAUGGACAACAUGAUGGGGGGUUUCCCAGGCAUGUCUAGGUCGGCCUCGCCCAUGUACAUGAUGUCGGAGCUGUCGCCGGAGACCCUGCGCAUGAUGCCGGACAUGAUGGAAAUGAUGAAAAACAUGGAUCCGGCCAUGAUGAUGGAGGGAGGCAUGGCCAUGAUGCCAGACAUGAUGGCCAUGCAUUUCCCCGAACCUGAUGACAACGCGAAUGAGAUUGAUGUCUUGCGAAUCCUGGAGGAGGUGAAGCAGGUGCCCUCGGCGCUACGACAGCAGCUCAUUGACCAGGUGGUGGAGACCGUGGGGAUCGCUCACCUGGAGACCGUGACACCAACCAGGAGGAAGGUGGCCGAGGCGAAUCAGAAAUUCAUGAUGAAGAUGCAGUCAGGAUUGAUGCCUGAUAUGUCGAAAAUGCCCGCAGAUACUCAUAAAAUCUGGGAGAAAUUUGUUGGCAGCAUGGUCUAUGAGAUUACCCAGGUAGUUCGCUUCUGCAAAAAACUGCCAGGAUUUGGUGAGAUUCAUCAGGAGGACCAGAUUGUGCUGAUCAAGAAGGGCUCGUUUGAGAUACUCCUCAACCGCAUGUGCUUGCUGGUGGAUCAUGUCAACCACGAGAUGUUCGACCCCACCAUGGAGAUGAAGUGUCCACGAGACGUGAUCAAGAAAAUGCCGAUGGGUUUCUUCAUCGUGGAGUUUUUCAGCAUUGCUGCCCUGAUAAACCCGUUAAGCUUGACAGACGAGGAGACUGGGCUCCUCUCGGCGUGUUUGAUCAUGUCACCAGAACGGGAAGGACUAGAAAAUGUUGUUGCCAUAGAGAAGCUUCACACACUCUUCCUGCAGUCGCUCUUCUUUGAAAUGCGUAAAAACCACGAAGACUAUGAGAACAAGUUUGUCAGUCUGCUCGGCAUCAUGCCCGUGUUCAGGCAGAUCAACCAGAAGCACUCCAGCAUGCUAAAUGCAUUAAAAAUGCAGAAAGAUCCAGUCAUUGAAGAGUACCCUCUCCUGCCAAAAGAGAUUUUUGAUGUGGAAAAAUAGUUACUUGCCCCUUCCUGAUACAGGUUUAGCCUUGAUCUGUUGUUUCUAUAAAUAGAUGGUUCUUAACAUAGAAUGGUUCUUAAAAUAGACUAAUUAUUUUAUUAAGACCAGAUUGAGGGUGAAACACACCUUUCUUCACAGUUGAAGUCAAGUUAAUAACCGAUUUCUGUAUGAAAAAUUCACCCCCCCCCAAAAAAAACUGAUUGAACAAUCAUUGUGUAUUUUGCAUUUGGCCUGGUGUCAGAACUAGUUGUGUGGAGAGAUCAUCUUUUACAUGUACACAGACGGUUCUGAUGGUGGUGAUCCAGGCACUAUUCAGAGGUUUUUGAUGUGUACUACAUUGAAACAUAUACUCAUCUCUCGGGCAACCAUGAAAAAUGGUUGCCUGAUGAUUGUGAUUUGUAGCCUUUUACGUGAUGUUGUGGUGACACUUGUGUUAAGUGUGUGAAUGAGAUAUCAUUGUACCAAGGACACAGAUGGUAUCUCGUUUAUAGAUGCAGAUCGUUGUUAAGAAAUUGAAGCUUUGAAAUUGAUAUUUUGUUUUAUCAAUGCAAAUGCUGCUUUAAUCGAACUGUUUCAUAAUAUGAUAAUUAUUUCUUUGAUACCUAAUGAUAAAAUAAGACAUUUCUGCAGUGGAAUAACAGCAGUGAAAAUAAACACAUUAUCAGUACUACUUUUUCUAUUUUUAGAUUAUCAUAUCAAGAUUUACUUUAUGCAUUAAGCUUUGUUUGCUUAGAGCGAGUCACAUGUUGUUUCCUGUUUUGAGGCACGCCACUGAAGAAAGGGUAACUUCAGCGAAAGGGAAACAGCUGUUAAUUAUUUUCUUGAAAAAGUGGCAUAAAAGAAACAGAAAAUGUGUUCAUGUAUAUUUUCUAUGAUCACUCGUGAAAUAACAAAUGAUCUUACACUGACAUGAACAAAUAUCCUCUAUAUACUGGUAUCUGAAUUAGAGCGGCGCACUGGGAAAACCUGACCUAUAUUUGUGCGUAAAGCUUGUGUGAUAAGAAUGCUUUGUAAAAAAUGCUUGAGUCAUUAGCAAUAAACGCUUUCAUUGUUACCCAUUAUUCAAGUUUACAAGAUGGUGAAGUCAUCAAUAUAUUGAUUGAUAAGUCUUACUACAUUUAGUUACUAUUUCUUUACUUAUAACAGUUCUUUCUUAGUAUUUUUUCUUUGAAGUUUAAUUAUUUUUUCGCAGAUUAACAGAAGGAUUUCAAGUCAACUAUUGUGAUUAACGUAUGUCCAGCGUCGUGCUUCGUCAACUUUUAGCAUGUUACAACUCUAGAGUAAACAUUUGUAUCCAGUCUUAAUGAAAUUUGUGAGAAUGUUUAUCUGGACGAUAUGAAGUCGGAGUUCGAUUCUCUGUUAAGUGUGUCUAAACAGGUCACCAGGUCAAUUCUUCUGAAAAAAUGUUGCCACUCUAGAUGCCACAUUUAUUAAUUGAUCUUGAUGAAACUUGGUCAGAAUUUUUAUCUUGACAAUAUAUCAGCCGAGUUCCAAUUUGGGUCAUAUGCAUGAAAACAAAACACUAGGCACCAGGUCAAAUCUUUGAAAAAACACUUGUUACCUCUCUUGAGGCUACAUUUAUGACUCAACCUUGAUAAGACUUGCUAACCUUGAUGAGACUUGCUCAUAAUGUUUAUCUGGAUAUUUUCCGGAGUAGGUUUGAUUCUAGGUCAUGUUCGUCCAAACACUAGGUCACAAGGUCAUAGCAUGAAAAAACACCUUGAUACCACUCUAGAGGCCGAAUUUAUAAUCAAUAUUGAUAAAACUUGGUCAGAAUGUUUGUCCUGACAAUAUGAAAGUCCUGUUUGAAUCUGGGCCACCUGGGUCAAAAACUGAAUCAUCAGGUCAAGUCUUCAACAAUUGGUGUUUGUGAACUAAGGUGAGCACUGAAGGGAUGUCAUGGCCCCCCUAAUUGGUGUUUGUGAACUAAGGUUAGCACUGAAGGGAGGUCAUGGCCCUCCUAAUUGGUGUUUGUGAACUAAAGUGAGCACUGAAGGGAUGUCAUGGCCCUCCUAAUUGGUGUUUGUGAACUAAGGUAAGCACUGAAGGGAUGUCAUGGCCCUCCUAAUUGGUGUUUGUGAACUAAAGUGAGCACUGAAGGGAUGUCAUGGCCCUCUUAAUUGGUGUUUGUGAACUAAAGUGAGCACUGAAGGGAUGUCAUGGCCCUCCUAAAUGGUGUUUGUGAACUAAAGUGAGCACUGAAGGGAUGUCAUUGCCCUCCUAAUUGGUGUUUGUGAACUAAAGUGAGCACUGACGGGAUGUUAUGGCCCUCCUAAUUGGUGUUUGUGAACUUAAGUCAGCACUGAAGGGAUGUCAUGGCCCUCCUAAUUGGUGUUUGUGAACUAAGGUGAGCACUGAAGGGAUGUCAUGGCCCUCUUGUUUAAAUUUCUGGAUUUAAGAAAAAAAAAUUGUAUAGUCAAAGAGCAGUGAGCAAGCUUAUCUUCUUUAGAAAAAAAAUCUUAAUGAAUUUUAAUGUUUAUUUAUUGAUACCAUCUGAAAACUUAACAGUAUAUAUGAUACUGAUUUUGUGAAAUCACUGUUUUUGAUAUGAUAUAGAUGGUCACUAUUUCAACUAGCAUGUUUGUUGACAUUGCUUUGUGUCCAUUACUCUUGUGCUUUGUUACAUUUUAUUUGAAAUUUUAUUAUAUUAUCUACCACAACAUUAUACUUGUUCGAGACUGUUAUCGAAUAUUUUAACCAAUUUUAAGUUUUAUACCUUUAUUUUGAAGUGUUUAUUUUGGUUUUAUGUUUGUUUUAUCGUACUGAUUCGAGUUAGUUUUCUAAAUGUCCUACCUUUUUGAUUGUAAAGUAAAUAUUUUUGUCAGCAAAUGUUUAAAAGAACAUUAAAAAAUGUUGUAUGGAAACAUGUCCAACAAAAUAUUUUAUAAAACUACCAAAACAUAUUUUUUUUUACAGAUUGGCAUACAUGCAUUUUAUUCAGCAAUUGCAUAAAUGAUAUAUUGGCUUUUUGUUAUCAUAUUUGUAAAAUCUGUAUUUAUCAAGUGCUUUCCCACAUAAAAGACCCAUUGAAAUAUUGUACAAAAUAAUUCUUGCUUACGGUAUUGGGUUUUUGAGAGUUUUGUUCAUUCAUGUCACAUUGUACAAGAUUCAUUUUAGAUGCAUUUGAAUUUUCAAUUUGUAUAGUGUUAUACAAAUUCUGUUAACAUGUAUAUACAUACAUACAUGUGUAUGUAUUGUUUUAUUGAUAAAUAAAAUUACUCAAUGUUUUUGAUGUUUUUUACUCAAUUUAACAUUUGAUUUAUGAAUUGACACAAUAGGUAUACUGUAAAACUAUCCUUUUUUUCAUUUAAGUUUUUUUUUUAAUUGUUUAGUCUUUUAUCUCAAAAAGAGAUACAUUUACUUGUCAUAAAAUAGGGUUUAAAUUGCGAUUCAAAUGGAUUUGAGUCAGUAUAUUAAAAUAGGUAGGUAUUGACUAAUGGCAAGUUGAACUGAACUAUAAGAUUCAUCCAAAUCAUUGACAUGCAACUUGUAUUUAGCCACAGUUGAAGAAAAAUCUUUCAAAUAGGCUUAUAACUACAAAAUAAAAUUUUGAGUCAUUUUUAUGUCCCCCACCCACUAUAGUGGGGGACAUAUUGUUUUUGCCCUGUCUGUUGGUCAGUUGGUUGGUUGGUUUGCCUCAACUUUAACAUUUGCAAUAACUUUUGCAAUAUUGAAGAUAGCAACUAUAUUUGGCAUGAAUGUGUAUCUCAUGGAGCCGCACAUUUUGAGUGGUGAAAGGUUAAGGUCAUCCUUCAAGGUCAAAGGUCAAAAAAACAAAAAAAUAAAAAAAAGCGGCGCAGAAGGGGACAUAGUGUUUCUGACAAACACAUUUCUUGUUUUAAAUUAAAAUUAAGGUAAUGAUGGUUUGUUACCAUUCACAUAAAUAAUGUAAAAUGGAUCAUGUAAAAUGAAGGCUAAGGAAUCUUCCAUAAGUAAUGUUGGAAUGUAUUCAUUUAGGUUUUAUUAUUUUACUUAAAGCUGUCAAUCUUUGAGUCUUCAAAGUAUUUCUGCCAGAUAAAUGUAAAAAAAACUUCAAUAUGAGUUAAGAUAAUUUUAUCCCCCAAAAUCAGUAAUUGAUUUUUUUUGAUGCAGUAAAUCUAGUUGCAGUGUAAAUUCAGUGUGUUAUUAUUUUUAAGCCUAGUGCUAGAAACACAAAAAUGGAAUCCAAACAAGCUUGAAAUAUUGUUAAGUAAAUUGCAGAAUUGUGAAAGAAAUCAUUUACAAAUGUGGUCUCUGAUACAUUUACAAGAUUCCAAUGGUGUUACUGGAUAAUAAAAACUAAUUAAUUGAACUGUGAUGUGAUAAACAAAUGUAAUAAAGUUUAAUUAUUAUUGCAAGUAAUCACCCAAAAUUGAAAUCAGGUUUUAAUUCUGUUUGCUGCCCAUCAGUACCAUUGGGUUGGAAAUGAAGCAUUUAAAACUGGAAUCUAUUAAGGAAUUACUUUAAUUUGAUUUCUGAUUGGUAUCUUAGGGGUAAAGGGUUCAAAGUUGUGAUGUCCUGUUCAACCACACUAUUAAAAUAUGGAAACAGAUUUUCAUGCAACUUCAUGAAUUGUUAUGUACUAUUUUUUUAUGACCCAUAAUUUGUUGAGACAAUAAAAUGUGUACUGUGCUUAUACACAUUAGCAUAUUCUGGCAGGUUCCAUGUCUGAUUUGUAAACUACUUUUAUUUUUUACUAUAAUAUCAUAUCUUUAUACUGUUCUUUUAUUAACAUUUGAAGCCAAACACAUUUUCAUUACAGAAAACAUUGUGGUGAAAACACAUCUACCUCGGGUCAGAUUUAAAGCUUUAUAACAUUGCUGGUGUUCCUUCACUCAGAAAUGUGAAUCAAACUUCAAUUUUGUUUGACCAUGCUUGAUAUUAUGUAUCCAAUAUAAAUGUUAAGACAGUACUUGUUGUAAUAUCAGUACAAUCAAUAGAUAGAUAGGAUUGAUUUUGCUAUUUUAAAUUUAAAACAUUUAAAAAAUUUUAAUUUAUGGUUGUGCUUAUAGUUUUUUUAUGCAAAUAUGUACUUUUGAAAUAAUGGCAAUAUAAUUAUAUUUUAAGAUAAAAUAGACUUUGUUGGCAAGGUAGAGUGUAAUUGCUUCUUACUUAUGUGUGCUAACAUUAAAGUAAAAAUAAUAUUAUGUUAAGUUUUCUUGAAACUAAUAAAGGCGUGGACAAUAAGGUAAAAAAAAAGUAUUUAUUGUUAUGCUAUAUUAUUACAGUUAAAAUUAAUAAUUAUGUUGUUAAGUUUUCCUUGAAACAUCUACAAUACAGCAAGGAAAUAAAAUGUGUAACUUAAUAAGUUUUGUUCAUGGCAUCCACCCCCUGCCCUCUGGAAAAUAGUUUUUAUUUUAUUUUCCUUUCCUGUGCUCACUUGGUUAGGUGUAUUAAAUGCAAUGUGAAGUUUGGAUUUUGUAAAUGUAUGUUGUAUUGUGAAAAUAAAUUGUGAUUCCUGUUAAUAAAUAAUAUAGGAUCAAAAUAUAUAACUAUAACACAUACUAAGUACAGGGGAAGAUAUGAUUUUCUAUAUUAAGUACAUUGUUUACACCAUAAUCUGGUAGUAUGUGAGGUUCUUGUCAGAAGAUAUAUGUUUGAUUUUCAUACGAUAUGGAGCACUAUACUAAUCUUUUUAUCUUACUUUAGCACAAAGUGCUCACAGUAAACUAUUGUGGUCAGCCUAUGGCCAAUUGCGGCAUCAUUUUUCAUGUGUAGUGCAUUAUCACGUGUUUAUUCCAGUCAGGAUGACACUUUGCCAAGAUGUAUCUUCACAAUAUCAAGUUUGAAUUUGGAUCACAUGAGAAUAAAAGCAGGUUGGUAGGUCACAUUUUUGAAACACAAGCUUGUUACCCUGCUAGAAGCCACAUGUAUGCCUCCAUUGUGAUGAAACUUGGUCAGCAGGUUUAUCCUGUACUGUCGUAAUACAAUGUAUCUUAGCCAAAUUUGAAACAGGUCAUCUGCAUCCAAAAACAGUCUCAAGGUGAAAUCUUAGGAAAACCUUGUUAUCACUCUACUGGCCAGAUUUAUAACACACUUUUAAUAAAGCUUCGUCAAUAUAUUCAUCAUGACAUUAUCUAGGCUAAGUUAGAAUCUGGGUCACGAUCAUCCAAACACUAUCACUCGGUCAUAACAAUUAAACAAUUUUAACUGACAAAUGCCCUACAUGUGGUUAUAGAAAUUCUGCUUAUCAGACCUCAAAAUGACAAAAACCAGUCAUAUAUGUACCAGUAACUAUAUUUAUUACAACGUUUUGCAUUUUCACAUUAACACUGCAAUCUGAAAUGAUUACGUGAUCUGUAUUUCAUCGUGACUGGUGUACCCUUACAAUAAUAUUAGGUAUAUUUUGAUUAUAUAUCUUUUAUUAAGUAUAAUAUAUCAAUUUCAAUAAUGCAAGGACUGCAUUGUGCAUUUCAAUCAGUAUUAACAUCUGUGUAUGAUUAUAUGGUCUACUAUUAAGUUACAGUCAUUUGGGCAUUUCAUCUAACAGAACAUAGCAGCAAUUUUUUUUUUAAGCCACAUGUGCAUUUAGUGUCAUCCAAAUAUCUUUUUAUGUUUAAAAAAAUUACGAAAAUUUUUACAGACAUGCUCAGUUUACUCUUUACUCUAAUUAUUAUCAGGGUUUUAUCAUCAUGAAGUUGAUAACAAUAUUUUAGUUGUGAUAUCAGUAAAAUGAGAACGCAUGUGUGAACAUAUAAACAUGUGUGUUAUGUGAACUGCAAUAAAUACUGAAAGAACA